CCGAGACGCGGGAGCAGCUGGGGCUGGGGUCCCGGCGCAGGCCUGCGGUGUCUCGGUGAUUGCUUUAGUCCGCCCUGCCUCCUGCUCUCCGAGGAGCCUUUCCCGCGAAGGCGGGGCGAUGCCAGGGAACCGGCAGCUGAGGGUCCGCUCCGGGAACGAGCCUCGUCCCGCGCCUGCCAUGGAGCCGGCGGGUCGCGAGGUCUGGGCCCACAGCCGCGCGGCGCUCGACCGGCUGGAGAAACUGCUGCGCUGCUCGCGCUGCACUAAUAUUCUGAGGGAGCCUGUGUGCUUAGGAGGAUGUGAGCACAUCUUCUGUAGUAAUUGUGUAUGUGACUGCAUUGGAAGCGGAUGUCCAGUGUGUUAUACCCCAGCCUGGAUACAAGAUGUGAAAAUAAAUAGACAAUUGGACAGCAUGAUCCAGCUUUGUAGUAAGCUUCGAAACUUGCUACAUGACACUGAUUUUUCAGAUUUGAAAGAAGAAACAUCUAGGAAGAAUUUAUUUAGUGAUGCAGAAUAUAAGAAGAAUUCAAUAAAAAUGUGGUUUAGUCCUCGAAGUAAGAAGGUCAGGUAUGUUGUGAGUAAAGUUUCAGUGCAAACCCGUCCUCCUGUGAUAAACAGUCAAACUGCUCAGCAGGCCUCCAUGUAUGAGUUUGUCUCUCCAAGCCCUCCGGUGGAUGUUUCUGAGAGGGCUAAAAAGCCUUCCAGAAGAUCUGGAAAAAAGCAGAAAAAGAAAACUUUAGCUGAAAUCAACCAGAAGUGGAAUUUAGAGACAGGAAAGGAAGAUGGUGAACUUACCUCCAAAGAGGAAUUUAAGGAAAAGCUGGUAUCCUUCUGUAGCCAGCCGUCUGUCAUUGCUAGUCCUCAGACAAACGGUGAAAUAGACUUACUAGCGAGUGGCUCCCCAACAGAAUCUGAGUGUUUUGGAAGUUUAACUGAAGUCUUUUUACCAUUGGCUGAGCACAUUGAGUCUCCAGAAACUGAGAGCAGGAAUGAAGUAGUGACUCCUGAGAAGACUCUCUGUGAAAAUCAUCUUACAGUUGAGAAGUCCUUGCCAUCAGGUCACAGCAGGAAACGUGGGCGUCACAACAGACUUUUCAGUCCUGUUUCUAAGAAAUGUAGGAGCAGCGUUGUGAGCACCAGUGGAAAUUCUGUUAAGGAAACGGCGCAGUCAGAAAACAUGCCAUUACCCGGAUGUUCUUCACCACCUUCAAACAAACUUAAAGUUGGUGACACGUUAAAGAGGAAGAGCAGUAAUAUAUUAGAUGAAUCCUUUAGCCUUUCACCAGGUACGCCCCCUUCUACGCUGAAUAGCCCAAGUUACAGACGAAUGAUGUGUAGCCCCUCAGCAACGAAGCUGUUGCACAGUAGCCGUACAGCUGGGAAAAGAAAUCACAGAGGAGAGACUUUGCUCCAUGUUGCUUCCAUUAAGGGUGACAUACCUUCUGUUGAAUACCUCUUGCAAAAUGGAAGCGACCCAAAUGUUAAAGACCAUGCUGGAUGGACACCACUGCAUGAAGCCUGCAAUCACGGGCACCUGAAGGUGGUGGAAUUGUUGCUCCAGCACAAGGCGCUGGUGAACACCACUGGGUAUCAGAAUGACUCACCCCUUCACGAUGCAGCCAAGAAUGGGCACGUGGAUAUAGUCAAGCUGUUACUUUCCUAUGGAGCCUCCAGAAGUGCUGUGAACACAUUUGGUCUGCGGCCUGUGGAUUACGCAGACAGUGAAGAGGUGAAAUCGCUGUUGCUGCUGCCAGAGAAGAAUGCGUCGUCUUCAGUUAGCCACUGCUCAGCGGUAAACACUGGUCAGCGUAGGGAUGGACCCCUUGUACUUAUAGGCAGUGGGCUUUCUUCAGAACAACAGAAAAUGCUCAACGAGCUUGCAGCAAUUCUAAAGGCUAAAAAAUGUGCUGAGUUUGAUAGUACAGUAACUCAUGUCAUUGUUCCUGGUGAUACAGUUCAAAGCACCCUGAAGUGUAUGCUUGGGAUUCUCAGUGGAUGCUGGAUCCUAAAAUUUGAAUGGGUGAAAGCGUGUCUACAAAGAAAAGAGUGGGAACAGGAAGAAAAGUAUGAAAUUCCUGAAGGACCACAGAGAAGCAGGCUCAACAGAGAACAGCUGUUACCAAAGUUGUUUGAUGGAUGCUACUUCUAUUUUGGUGGAACCUUCAAACACCAUCCAAAGGACAACCUUACUAAGCUGGUCGCUGCAGCUGGGGGCCAGAUCCUCAGCAGAAAGCCCAAGCCGGACAGUGACGUGACGCAGAGCAUCAGCACAGUCGCGUACCAUGCCAGACCUGAUUCUGACCAGCGCUUCUGCACACAGUACAUCAUCUAUGAAGAUUUGUCUAAUCAUCGCCCAGAGAGAGUUCGGCAGGGCAAAGUCUGGAUGGCUCCUUCCAGCUGGUUUAUAGAUUGUGUGAUGUCCUUUGAGUUGCUCCCUCUUGACAGUUGAAUACUACACCAGAUGAGCAUUUCAGAUUGAAUGUGCACAGUGUGAGAACCCAGUGAUUGCACUGUUUUGAUCACAUUUUUACAAAUAGGUAGACUCAUUCAUAUACUGUUUUUCCUUGAAUUUAGAAAAAGAAAAUUGUACUCCGGAGUAGGAAUUCCUUCUAUUUACCAGUUAGAUGCCAAGAUUUGCGUUAAAGACUUUUCUUUUUUAAAUUGGCGUAUGUAUUGAUUCAUCAUGUCUUUCUAUUCACAUUAUUAGCUAUCAAAGAUUAAUGAGAGGGUAUCAGAACUUUGGUUCAAUAUACGAGUGGUAUCAUUAUGUCUCAGCCUUUUAAUAUUUGAUGAAAAAAAUCCACACCUGCCAUCAGCAGAAAUACUUGCCUUCCUUUAGUAAGCAAAUAAUAUUGUCAGAUAAUUUAUUCUGACUUUAUUAUAAUGAGAAUAGGGUACCUGGUCUAAAUGUGCCACCAUAGGUGUUAAACUCUUCUCCUGUCUACGCUUGUGUUUAUAUAGCUACUUAGAAUUUACUUGGAUAUCUGUUCCUAUAUUUUUAGCCCCAUUUUUAAAAAACUCUUAUCUGUUAAUCAGGAAAUCAUGAUUUGAAUCUUAACAUUAUUCUUUGGUGCUAAAAAUCAACACUGGGCUCAUGGUACAUGUUUUUAUUGUAUAUACUUCCUUAUUGUUAAUAAUCAAUUUAUAACUGCGUGUGCUCUCUGUACACACACACACACACACGCACACACACACACGCAUUUUCUUUAGUGUAUUAUAAUUUCACUAUUUCUUAGGAGUUCUCAUCAGACUAGCAAAUUGUCACUCCAUUGCAGAUAAAUUAGAAAGCAGUCUUUCUGGUAGACCUUACUAUGUCUUGCUAAAAUAAUUUUUUGAAGGUUUUAAUUUCUUUCUUCAUAAAUUUCUUUUCAUUUUUAGAUUGCUGGGGAGGCAGAAGUUGGCAGUUACUUGAUUUAGGACAGAUUUUCUCCAGAUGCUACAAAAGGCUACGACAAUAAGUCUAAUGGUAGGAGUGAGAAGGACUUACUCGUAAUACCAGGACCGUCAGGGCUGCAGAGUUGUGGGCAGGGCAUCUCCCGAGAAUGGGAAGACCUGGGCAGGUUACUCUGGUCUGAGUGUUCUUAUCUGUGAAUUGACAAGGUAGAUUAGAUCAUUUUAAAACAUUUUCUAAGAAGCAGAGUUCUUUAAUAAGUCCUCCUAGAAAUUGAAUAUACUUAAAAUAUUAAAUACAUGGAAAGGGAGUCACUGUUGAGACUUGCCAGUUUGGUCCUUUUUGACCCAAAGAGAGUAGUUUGAUAACCAUUAGACUGGAAUGCUGAGAGUCUGAAGUUGAUGAACAUUUUUAGAUCCGUUUGUUUGAAGUUUGAGACUCAGCUGAUUAUUUCAAAAUAAAAUUUACUUUAAUCCCUUCUUUGACAUAUUAUUUUUCCAUAUGAAUAAAUAUAUUAUGUGAGCACAAUACUGCUGGCCUUGACCUUCACGGGUGAAUUAGCUCUGAAACACUCUCCAACCAACUGGUAAUGUGUUUGUCCCACAUUUCAUUCUAAUGGAGACUGAUGAACAGCACAGCACCAAACAAAUCUGAGGGGUUAGAUAAUGUCUGGUUUAAGUAAUUUAAGACUCUCUGGGAUUUGAGUUGUCAUUUUUGACUUAUAGCUGACUUGUAGUCACUUUCUAUUGCCUCAUUGGUCGUAUUCCUAGACAGGUUUAUGUUUGCUCUUCUGAUCUGAAUCCCUGUUUGUAAAAACACUUUUGGGAGUUGCUACUCGCUUUCCUUCGUUCAUUUUCUUGGUUUGUCUCUGUCUCUGUUGUAUUUUGUGUCUCACUAGUAAGCAGUGUUAUUUUUUGUUUCUUUAAGUAUUUUGACAGCAAUUAAUUAAGCAGUUAAUUAAGAGCAGUUCAACUCUUGAAACGUCUUAUAUUUUCUAUAUAGAUAUACUUGUAAUUAUUUUAAUUUUUCAAUCAUAGAUUCAAGCUUCCUUUUUAUUUACCAUAAAUCAUUAAAGUUAUUUGUGCUUCUGUAUCUCUGUUUCUUCUGUAGAAGUGGCUUAUUCUGCACUUUGCAGACUGAGACUGAAGGACUUGUGAGGAAAUCUCAGCUGACAAAGCUUAUCUUUUUAAGCAAUAUUUCUAAAGUAUAUUAGGUACUUUAUUACUUAAAUAUUUUUGUUUUUUGAACACAGCGUAACCUUGGUAGUUUGGAAUCAAGAGCGUCAGGUAGUACUCUUAAUAAUUUAAAAAAUGUUUUUUAAAUUAAAAUAUAAUUGACAUAUAUCAUAUUAGUUUCAUGUGUACAUCAUGCUGAUUCAAUAUUUGUAUACAUUUCAAAAUGGCCACCUCGUUAACUCUGGUUACUGUUUAUCACCAUACAAAGUUAUUACGGUUUUAUUGACUCUGUUCACUAUGCUGUGCAUUAUAUCCCCAUGACUUAAAUUUAUUUUAUAACUGGAAGUCUGUAUCUCUUAAUUCCCUUCACCAAUUUGGCCUGUCCCCCCCAACCUCCCAAUCCCUCUCCCCUCUGACAACUGCCAAUUUGUUUUCUGUAUCUAUGAGUAUGUUUCUGUUUUGUUUUUUAGAUUUCACAUAUAAAUGAAAUCGUACAGUAAUUGUAUUUCUCUGACUUAUUUCACUUAGCAUAAUGCCCUCUAGGCUUCUCCAUGUUGUCACAAAUGGCAAGAUUUCAUUCUUUUUCAUGUUGAUACUGUAUAUAUUCAUUGUACAUAUAUACCACAUCUUCUUUAUCUAUUACCUUUUGAUGGGCACUUAGGUUGUUUCUGUAUCUUGGUUGUUGUAAAUAAUGCUGCAGUAAACUCUAGGGUAACAUAUCUUU